AAUGGUAGUUUUGCAAUAUCCAUUGACUGAAUGACCGGAUAAUUGUCAAUAAAAAAAUUACCAGUCGUUAACGUCGCACAUUGUGAAAUUUCAAUCGAACGAACAGUCGAACAUAACCUUUUUACAACUGUAAUUCAACGUUAAAGUAUUCUUCGUUCGCUGUCAAAAAAGAAGCUCGUACUUGCAGCUCGCUAUAACAUAACAAUAAAUAUGGACAAGCUGCGCAAAGCCCUCAGCGGCAACGAACAGUGUGAUGAAGAAAGUGGCAUUAUAACACAGCGUGAUGUGGAUUUUGUCAUUAUGGAUGAAAGUACAUUGAGCUGGUCAACACGAAUAAAAGGUUUUGCAAUUUGUUUUAUCAUUGGUAUACUGUGUUCGUUCCUUGGUUCCUUCGCUCUAUUUCUCAACAGAGGUCUCACAGUAUUUGCUGUUUUUUAUACUUUUGGAAACAUCAUUUCAUUGGCAAGCACAUGUUUUCUCAUGGGCCCAGUUAAUCAAUUGAAAAAAAUGUUUGCCUCUACAAGAAUAAUUGCAACUCUGCUCGUUUUUUUCUCCUUGGGAAUGACUUUGUUUGCAGCUAUAGAGUUGAAGAAAGCAGGCUUGGCUCUUCUAUUCAUAAUACUGCAGUCGUUGGCUAUGACGUGGUACUCACUUUCUUACAUCCCGUAUGCACGAGAUGCAGUAAAGAAGACCAUAGAGUCUUGCAUUUCGUGAAAAAAUUCCCAAGAAAAUGCACGGUAAUAACUUUGGAAACAAAGACAUCGCUCCUCCAUCUUCAAGACAAUAAAUAUUUUGCAAGAUAAUUUACGAGAAAAAAAAAACCAUACGAAAGAAGAAUUGAUAUGUUACGCACACUGAACUUGGAAGGCUAGCUUCGAUUUUUUGAAUCCCGAAGACUUUCCGUUCCCUAAUAUACCAUUUUUGGAAAAAGAUUGCCGCGAGAUGUGAAAUAUUGUGAAUACAUAGGGCGUUUAAUCUGAAUUGAAAGAACUGAUUUUCCGAUUAUUGAAACAAAUCAAAACUGUGCCUUACACAAAAUGCUUUUAUUUUACGUAUACUACCACGUUAUGAUAUUUUUUAACAGGAUACCUUUUUAAAUCCUUUUUUAUUGAUUAAUUAUUGAAUUAAGAAAUUUUCAACUAUUUUUCGAAGCAAUUUUAUUUAACAGGAUUUUGGUCCUAACGAUUUGACAAAAACAUAAUCAAAUUUUUUCGUUUCUGAAACGUUAUGAUAGUUGGAUUCCCAAUAAAAAUAAAAACAAAAAGUUAUUCUCUUAUCAACCCAUAAUUAUUCGAUGAGUAAUUAGAAAAUUAUGGUUUUUGUCAAGUUCUAAUAUUUUUAAAUGUUUCAAUGUUUGUCAAAAAUCUUAAGAACCAAAAUUCUGAUUGCAAUGAAGUUUCGAAUUCGUGUAUUAUUCUAAAAUAUCACUAAUGGGGGUGAACGAUUAUUUUAAACAAAACACAUAAAUGAUUGGCACUGAAUCAUUACGCAAAAAAAUAAUCAAUUACCAAGUAUUGCUAUUGCAUUUUAAAGCUUCUUUUAAUACGAUUAUUAUUAUUAUUAAGUGAUUAAGAAUAUUGAGAAUACGAAUAUAAUUAUUUACACAUUUGUACAGUACUUACGACUAUGAAUUAUCUUUAGUAGCAUUCACAGGCAAAAUGAUAAAUGAUGAUUGCUUCUGUCAAUUAUUUAAUUUUAGUUACAACGUAACAAAAUAAACGAGAAUUUACGAAA